CUUUGAUCCAAAAUCUACCAACUUAAACCCUCAAACUUCCCCUCUUCGUAUCUUGGUAGCAUCCGGAAUCAUGUUAUUCCUCCAUACCCAGCUACCACACGUGUUCAAUACCCAGGAUCUUCAUUUUCGAGAAGGUAUAAGCACGUAAUAUGAAAACUUCUCUCGCAUGGGCACUUUACUCGCCUUACCAUUCUUCACAUGCUGCCACGUGUGCGGAGAGAGCACAUUUCUUGGGAGUUACCCUAUUUGGCUUCCAGAAUCUAUAUAGACCCGGAAACCAGUGCGGAUAAUUCCGUUAUAGGUGACGACGCCGCGUAUCAUCCGGCACUCUUGCCAUGUGCUUCGUCUCCCCGCACUUUCUAUUCUUGGCCGGCUAAGCAGCAUGGCUGAAUGGAUGCGCUCACUCCUCGAUAUUGAGUCUUAAGCCCCGACGCACCCGCAGCGUUCAUCCGUUUCCAACUUGGAUUCUGCCAUCGAUUUGGAGAAGCUUCACCUCCUUCCGAGCCUGUCUAUUUUCAUCAGGAUGGAGACGGUCCGGUGGCCUCGCUUGCCUACCCGAGACGGAUCAACUCUAGUUCUCUUCCGGCGAGGUUAUACUCGAGGCAUCAGGUAAGGUCUAUAAAAGCUCGAGAUGGACUAGUUCCUCUCGAGUGGCACUAUUGGUGUGGCGUCUUGAUGAUUCUAUGUCUAUGUCUUGCCGCGGGUUCACGAGCUAUUAAGUUGACAAUAUGGAUUCGCCCACUGUUUCACAAACCUUAGCUCAUGACGAUAGGGCCAACGUACUUAUUGGUGCGGUAUGUUUGGUAUGCACCAUUGCUACGACUGUUGUGGCGCUUAGGUUCUAUACGCGUUCUUUCAUGCUAAAGCAACUUGGAAUCGAUGAUUAUCUAAUAUUCGUUGCAUGGGCCUUUGCUUUGGCGACAGGGGUUUCCCAAUGUCUGAAUACACGCAACGGAUUGGGCAAACAUGUGUGGGAUCUAGGUAGCGAAACCCAGUUGAGAAGAUAUCUAAAGGGGUUUUACGUUUCUAUCACCCUUUACAAUGUUGGGCUCAUGUUUGUCAAGCUAGCAUUCUUGGCACAAUAUUAUCGGGUGCUCACCAUCAAGAGAAUGCGGAAGACCUUCCUUUCAGCCAUGGUGAUAAUUGGCUGUUGGUCUCUUUCCCAAGUUAUCGUCGGUAUCUUCAUUUGCGACCCAGUUUCUGGAUUCUGGGAGAAAUCUUCGGAUCCUACGUGCAUACCUAACUACCCCCAAUGGUAUAUCAACGCAGCUGGAAAUAUUGCUUCAGAUAUCGCAAUCUUUAUUCUACCCCUACCAGUAAUUGGGCACCUACAUCUACCCAAGGCUCAACGACUUGUUCUUAUUGGAAUUUUUAGUCUGGGUUUCUUUACGUGCGCCAUCUCUGUGAUCCGCAUCAAGUUCCUUCAACAAGGAGGCGAUUUCUCGUAUGAGAACGUUGAGGGUUCAAGUUGGUCUAUCACUGAACUAUGCUCAGGGGUAAUUUGUGCGUGUCUGCCCACGCUGCGACCUCUGGUCUCCAAGUGGGUUCCUGCCCUCUCGAACCGGCUUCACAGAAGACACUCCGAUAUGGAGAAAGGAACCAGACAUAGGCGGGACAGCUCCGACGCGAGCCGGAUUUUAGCAAUGAAGAAAAAGGACGACUUUUUCUAUUGUAUCGGCUUAGAAGAACGAGAAAGUGGCAGCGCAGACAGCUUGGAUGGAUCUAUGGAGCUCAAAGGGGAUCGCGACAGCUUCACGAGUCGUGGGUCGAGUUCGCCAACUCUACCUUCGGAAGCGCAUAUUGUGGAUCGCGCCGCUCGCAGACCGACGGCUUAUUACAAUUGGAUGGCAUCAUCUGUCACCACAAAGAUCGGGACGGGUGGUAACAAGAGGCCUAGCGCCGAUUCAACCCUUUCCUCUAGUUCCAUUCAGGUUCAGCGCGAUGUCGUGAUGCACAAAGUAUAGCGAUUUUCCUAGUCAAUAUAACAAGCUCAAACAGUAAAUUCCGAUUGCGUGCGUAAUCCAUAUUGAUACUACAGGU